AGAGCGGUUUUACUUUAACUAAUUGAGCCAGCUUACCAGACCAAGUACUUGGGCCUACACAGUAAGCCCAGAGAAGUGACUCGAAACGCACCGCUUAAUAUGCCACGCAAGCCAGCAGGCUUUCACGCGUACGUUAGUAGAAGCCGCCGGCUCGCCGCCAGCAUUAAACCUCUUACUGGCUGAGUGUUCCCUCUCUUUUUCUGGAACUCGAAGGCUAAAUCAUAGAAGAAAGGUGCAGAAAUGGAGAACAAGAAAGAGAAGAUGAAAAUAUUACUGACAAUCGCAUCGGUUGCUGCAAUCUCAAUCUUCUUCACUGCUCAACUAUACAGGCGACGCCGGAAACAGAGAAGACCUCAAAGUUGCUGUUAUUUACACUCCGAAUCAAAGCCACAGCUGAGUUUCAAGCGCGUCUUUGCCGAUAACUCCUGCUCUCCUUUCAAUCAUUUCAACCGCCAAGCGGAUUCCGUUAACGAGAAAUCUUCGAGUUUGACUCAUCCGUACGAAUCGGAGAUAACGACAUUGAUGGAGAAUCCGCAGCUUCUGUUUUCUAAGAUUGCGAUGGAUGAUUUUGAUGCGAAAAUGGAUGAUUCUUAUGUUUGGGUUGAAACCGAGUCGCAGCUGAGUCAACUCGCCCAAGUCUUGAGUGAACACCGGGCUUUCGCUGUUGAUACUGAGCAGCAUAGCCUACGAUCGUUUUUAGGUUUCACUGCUCUAAUACAGAUUUCUACUGAGAAGGAAGACUAUUUGGUGGAUGCAAUUGCUUUACAUGAUGCAAUAGGCAUUCUUCGACCCGUUUUUGCUGAUCCUAAUAUUUGCAAGGUGUUCCAUGGGGCUGAUGGUGAUAUUGUGUGGUUACAGAGAGACUUCCACAUAUAUGUUGUCAAUCUAUUUGAUACUGCAAAGGCAUGUGAAGUUUUAUCAAAGCCCCAGAAAUCAUUGGCCUACUUGCUUGAAACUUAUUGUGGUGUGGCCACAAAUAAAUUAUUACAGCGUGAAGACUGGAGACAACGUCCGUUAUCAGAGGAAAUGGUACAGUAUGCUCGCACCGAUGCACAUUAUCUACUGUAUAUUGCAAAUUGUUUAAUGGCUGAGCUCAAACAACAGGACUGUGAAUAUUCAUCCUGCCCCGAUGACAAGUUCCAUUUUGUUCUUGAGGCUAGUCGACGAUCAAACAUGAUCUGUUUGCAACUCUAUGCUAAAGAGGUUGAAGAUUUUCCUGGGGCGUCUGCUGCAUUUUCAAUACUUUCUCGCCAAUUGAAUGGUCAGGGAAGUGGUCCUAUUUCUGGUGCAACUAAGUUUCAGGACCUUGUUAGGAGAUUGUGUGCAUGGAGAGAUUUAAUGGCUCGUGUGCAUGAUGAGAGCACAAGAUACAUAUUAUCUGAUUAUGCUAUUGUUGCUCUCUCUAAAAAAGUCCCUACAACUCAAGCAGAUAUCUAUAGCACCAUAAUUCAAGCUGAUUUGAAUAUUGAUUCUUCGAAUUUCAGCUCUUCACUGCCAUCUCCUUCCCCUCUUGUUUGCAGCCAUUGGAUAGAUGUCCAUCAACUAAUCCAGGACAAGUUAGGCAAUCUUGAUAAAUUUUUCCCCGUGGUUCUUCAAAAUUGCCUGGGUCCAAAUGGGAGCUGCCCUUUGUCUGUAUUUAACUAUGCAUUAUUGAUGAACUGUAGCCUGAAACAUGAAACUAGAUUAGUUUCCAAACAAAAUGGGUUCAAAAACCCAAAACAAGUUGCUAAGAAAGCUUCUCGUGAGCUUUUCAUUCAAAAAUUUUCCUGCAAAUCUCCAGUUUAUCAUAAUUGUAGGAUCUAUGCAAAUGAUGGCCGGCUGUUAUGUUAUUGUGAUCACAAGAAGCUGGAAUGGUAUCUUCAUCGAGAUCUGGCAAAACUUGUUGAUGAUGAGCCUCCUGCAAUAAUGCUUCUUUUCGAACCGAAAGGCCGCCCAGAGGAUGAAGAUAAUGAUUUUUAUAUCCAAAGUAAGAAAAAUAUAUGUGUUGGCUGUGGUGAAGGCAAUCACUACUUGCGGUACCGAGUAAUUCCCUCAUGUUACAGAAUUCACUUUCCCGAGCACUUGAAAAGCCAUCGUUCUCAUGACAUAGUCUUGCUCUGUGUUGACUGUCAUGAAGUUGCUCAUGCUGCUGCUGAGAAGUACAAGAAACAAAUUGCUGGAGAAUUUGGAAUUCCACUUUAUGUCCGUAAGGUAAUUGAUUUGAACCAAGCAUCUAUUAUAUCUGGGUCAUCUGAUUCAAUGAACUUCGAAGAUUCAGGUGUCUCACCACUACAAUUGCGAACAGCUGCAAAGGCCCUUUUGCGUCAUGGACCUGAAAUGCCACCCAGCCGCCUAGAAGAACUGACCCAGAUUGUUAUGAGAUAUUAUGGGGGACGGGAGAUCUCCAAGGAAGAUUUAGAAAGAGCCUUGGUAGCAGGCAUGAGUCCUCAUGAGCGAAGAAGACUGGAGAAGAAGAAAGGCUUAUCUUUAAAACAGCCUAUGAGGAUCCUUCCAGUUAUAGAACAAGAAAGUAAUAAUGUGACAAAGAUCAUAUCUACCACCUCAGAUCCAUCAAAAGUUGAUAAUCCUGAUGUUUCAGAUUUUACUGCAGAUGUUUCUCAAUCAACAAAAGUUGAUACAUUAAAAGAAGCACUGGGGACAAAGGACGAAAUGGAUUUUUCUAUGGUAACAGAUGCUGAUGAUACAAACAAUCCUAUAACAUCUUCUAAUUUUGAAGUGGCAACAACUUCAACUACAGCUUACGAUGAUAUGAAUUCACAUAGCAGUGAAAUUUGUGAGAAUAAAAGUAUGUGUGCAGUUGAUGCUAAUGAUAACUCUGAGAGAAGCACCCCAAAUGAAUUAGUUGACUCAUCUUGUACCAGAUAUGAUGGAAACAUCCCACUUAAACAUAAUUCAAAAUUAUCUUUACUAGGACAUGGACCCCAUGGGAAACAAGUUGUGGAUCGUAUAUUAAAUGAAUAUGGAGAGGAAGGCAUUCGUCAAUUUUGUCAGCGAUGGAGGCAAGUUUUUGUUGAAGCUGUUCAUCCCCGAUUCUUACCUGCUGGCUGGGAUGUAAUGCACAGGAUUUAACUUUGGGAGCUGUUUUUGCCAGUGGGAGAAGAGAAUUUGGUAAGUUCAGUGUGUACAAUCCUGCCAAGAAAGGUGCUGAUGGAGGUUUGUAAUUUUAAGCAAAAUGAUGGGAAUGAAAACCAGAAUACAUGCAGUUUUCAACUAUUGGCGUUACAUGGCAGUGGCACUACAGCUCCAGCCCUUUUGUAUUGAUUCAACCGCUCAAGAACUUUAAUUCAGAAGAUCCUUUGUUAAUGGAUCCUGUUUGUUUGUCUGUCCCCAUUUUUGAGGAUUGAUCCCUGACAAUUUUUCUCCCUAAAACUAAACUAUGCACGUGAUUGAUUUUGCUUGUGAUUUGUACUUGCAAGUCCAUAUAUAUUGUUAUUUUAAAUUAAAAUGUAACGAUUUAUAUAUUUAUAUUACGUAAAAUAUUU